AUGAUGCGGAACACACUUCGAGAUACUAAUGUUAUACAAGAGCCAUUUCAAAUACAAGGAGUGUCUUCAAUCGAAAUACCGAUUCAGUCAAUUACAAUUGACCUCGGUGAUCUUCCGCGAUAUGAUGUUGCAGUUGGCCCGAGCAACGACGAUGAUGUAGUUAUAGAGGAGGCGGAGGAGGAGGAGGAGGAAGAGGAUUGGGAGACCGAAAGUGAUGAUAGCAACGAUAACGAAAGUUAUUAUAGUUCAGAUGAUGAAUGA